AUGUCGUCCUGGCUUGGGGGCCUGGGCGCCGGCUUGGGCCAGUCUCUGGGUCGAGUGGGGGGUAGCCUGGCUUCCCUCACUGGCCGGAUUUCAAAUCUGACAAAGAAGAUGCUGAUGGAGGGCGCUGAGGAAGUGGAAGAAUUACCUCAUUCUAGGAGAACAGAAAUGGAAGCCAUUCAUGCAGUCUUAAAAUCAGAGGAACUUAAACAGAACCGAAGUCAGGAAAUUGAUGACCAUCAACAUGACAUGUCAGUAUUGCAGAACGUACAUCAACAGAAAUUGACACAAAUGCAUCGUCGGUAUCGAGAGGAAUUAAGCUACUAUGAAGAAUGAAUUGAAGAACUGAAAAACCUGUUACAAGAAGGUGGCUCAGGAGUCACAGGAACUGAUCACUCUAAAAUCUAUGAGAUGCGAAAAACUAUUCAAGUUCUACAAACUGAAAAAAUGGAAUCUACAAAAAUUGAAGAACUUGAGCAUAAAAUAAAAGACAUAAGUGAAAAAUUACCUUCUGCAGGAAAUGACAGAGAUGUUUUAAGGAGAGAACAAGAACAACUAAACAUGGAAAAGAGACAAAUAAUUGAAGAAUGUGAAAGCUUGAAACUGGAUUGCAGUACGUUGCAAUCUUAUGCUAUGAAGCAAAGUGAUUGUGUGACAGAAAAGGAAAGAAUUCUUCCACAGAGUACAUCAGUGGAAGAAGUCACAGUGCAAAAAGCACUGCCUGAUGCUGAAAAUGAAAUGAGACUGAAUAGUUUAAACCAGAAUAACGAUCUCACUGAAGACAGUGUGAACCUUCAAAUGCUUGUCCAAGUUUUGGAAAAAGAGAAUUCAUUAUUGAGCCAAGAAAAGCACAUUAAGCAGCUAAAGGAGGAACAAGAUGUUUUACAGAAGUUACUUAAAGAAAAAGACCUCUUAAUCAAAGCCAAAAGUGAUCAAUUACUGUCUUCAAAUGAAAGUUUCACUAACAAAGUAAAUGAAAAUGAACUUUUGAGGCAGGCAGUAACAAACCUGAAGGAGAGAAUAUUAAUUUUAGAAAUGGACAUUUGUAACCUAAAAGGGGAAAAUGAAAAAUUAGUAGAAACAUCCAGGGUAAAGGAAGCAGAAUAUCAAGCAUUACAGGAGACUAAUAUGAAGAUUUCUGUGAUGCUGCGAGAGAAAGAGUUUGAGUGUCGAUCGAUGAAGCAGAAGGCUCUUGCUCUUGAGCAAAUACUGGAAGAAAACGAACAGGGCAAGACUGGGGAGUUAAAUCAGCUUUUAAAUGCAGUUAAGUCAAUGCAGGAGAAGACAGUUACAUUUCAACAGGAGAGAGACCAAAUGACAUUGUCCCUGAAUGAGAAACAAAUGGAAAACAGUACCCUACAGAAUGAGGUAUACUUUCACUUUAAAGAAACAGUGAAUCGGUUAAACCAGGAGCUAGAGAGAUUGCAUAAUCAUCUUUUAGAAUCAGAAGAUUCUUAUACCCGUGAGGCUUUGGCUGCUGAAGAUAGAGAGGCUAAACUAAAAAAGAAAGUCACAGAAUUGGAGGAAAAGCUAGUUUCAUCCACUAAUGCAAUGGAAAAUGCAAGCCAUCAAGCCCAUGUGCAGGUACACUCAUUACAGGAGCAAUUGAAUGUAGUCUCCAAGCAAAGGGAUGAAACUGCACUGCAGCUUUCGGUCUCCCAGGAACAAGUAAAGCAGUAUACUCUAUCACUAGCCAACCUGCAGAUAGUACUAGAGGAUUUCCGAGAAGAGGAGAAAGCUAUGUAUUCUGCUGAACUAGAAAAGCAAAAACAGCUUAUGGCUGAGUGGAAGGAAAAGACAGAAAAUCUGGAAGGAAAAGUGGUGUCAUUACAGGAACAUUUGGAUGAAACAAAUGCUGUGUUGGAUUCAGCAUCAAGACUUACAGAACAGUUAGACCUAAAGGAAGAACAAAUUGAAGAACUUAAAAAACAGAAUGAACUCCGACAAGCAAUGCUGGAUGAUGUACAUAACAAAUUGGUGAACUUAGUAAACAGUGCAGAAGGAAAAGUGGACAGAGUCCUAAUGAGAAACCUCUUUGUUGGACAUUUCCACACACCAAAAAAUCAGCGUCAUGAAGUGUUAAGAUUGAUGGGAAGCAUCCUGGGUAUUGAAAGGGAGGAAAUGGAGCAGUUGUUUCAUGAAGAUCAGGGUGGUGUGACCAGGUGGAUGACUGGGUGGCUUGGAGGAGGAUCAAAAAGUGUCCCCAACACACCUUUGAGACCAAAUCAGCAAUCUGUGCUUAAUAGUUCUUUUUCAGAACUUUUUGUUAAAUUUCUGGAAACAGAGUCUCAUCCAUCUGUUCUACCACCAAAGCUUUCUGGUCAUGAUAUAAAACCUCUAGAUUCACCAGGAAAGAGAAAACUAGAUACGAAUGUACCAGAAAGUUUUAGAGAUACAACAGAAUCCAGGUCUGGUAGAAGAACAGACAUGAAUCCAUUCUUGGCUUCCCGCUCUGCAGCUGUGCCUCUUAUUAACCCAGCUGGACUUGGACCUGGUGGGCCCGGGCAUCUUCUUUUGAAACCCAUCUCAGAUGUUUUUCCCACAUUUACACUUUUGCCAGUGUCACCUGACAACAGCACUGGAGUUGCAUUGAAAAGCUUUUUAAAGCAAUAGAUGGUUCUCAAACCAGAGAUGAUAU